AAUGGAACAUAUUUAUGGUACGUGCUUGUUUAUUUCAAAAUAUACACAUAUGAUAACCUUUAUCUAUGGAGCCAAGAUUCAAAUGUAAACAAUCCCAUGAUUUUGAACUAACCUUACAAAUAAUUAUAAUUGUGAAGAUAAAGGAUGCCUGUUGUUUUAGAAUCAAACAGAAUACUUUUAGUAACUUUUCUCCAUCUAAGGACGUUUAGAAAGUUUUGUACCAAGCCCAAGCUUUCAGCAAUCCUAGAGAAACAAGUGCAAGAGUCCAUUGAGAACAAAGACUUCACGGCAAAGCGCCAUCCAGGAAUAUUGAAGCACGGUGUGGUUCAUGUGCCGCAGUACGUGCAGAAGGCUAUCCAAGUGGUGCUGCGAGACAAGCCUGUGAAGGCUAUCCUGGAAGAAGGGAAGUCGCUGGCGAGGUACUUGCACGGCAGACACCCACCCCCGGAGGAGCAUGAGGUCAAAGCCAAAAAAGCACAACUUGAAGAAAUGGUGGAGCUGGAAAUGGGCGUGGACCUUUCUUCUCUCGGAGUCGAGGAGCGGGAGGUGGUGCAGAAGAGGAAGCAACACCUGGUGAUGAAGAAGCUGCGGCAGCACAUUCACCGCUGGCGGCCGGUCCCGUACGACACCCGGCACAAGGUUCUGGUGUACCUUCUGUGCCGGGCGGCCGCCGACCACGCAGCUGUCUCCAAGGUCCUCGCCGAGGUCAAGCACAGGCAGCCUCUCUUUUCUCCGGCAACGGUGUUCGACUUCGGGUCCGGCGUUGGCACCACUACUUGGGCAGUCAGAGAACUGUGGCAGGAUGCCCCCAAGGAGUACUUCUGCGUGGACUCAAGUGUGGAGAUGAAUGACCUUGCCAGCCUGCUACUCAGAGAUGGGCAAGAAACCAAAGAAAUGCCUUUUAAAGGAGUCUUUUAUCGGCAGUUUCUACCAGCUUCCUCAGUGAGACAGUACGACUUGGUGGUCAGUGCUUUCUCGCUGCUCGAACUGCCGUCCUCUCAAUCUCGCCUACAGACUAUCCUCAGUCUUUGGAAGAAGACACAGAAGUUUUUGGUUUUGGUGGAACAAGGGACUAAUGCUGGCUUCAAGGUUAUAAAUGAAGCAAGAGAUUUUUUAAUAAGCACUAGCAAUAGAGAAAACACAUCUACUGGACCUGCUCAUGUAUUUUCACCGUGUCCUCAUGACCUGGAAUGCCCUCGGUUCUUGGACUCGAGAAUACCAUGCAACUUCGAGGUUUCUUACGAGACACUUCCCUUCGGCCAGAGACCAAAAAUUCUCCAAGAGAGAUACAGCUAUGUGGUGAUGAGUAAAGGCCAGCGGCCCAGCGAGGACCCGCAGUGGCCACGGCUGGUGAGCCCCACGCUGGUGCGGCACAAACACUCGAUAUGCAGGAUGUGCACCGCCAACGGCGAGCUGCGGGAGAUCAUCUUCACCGCCUCCAAGCACGGCAGGAUCCCGUACAGAUGUGCUCGCGCCAGUAAGUGGGGAGACUUGCUCCCGGUGCAGAUCAAGCCCCCCGAGAACCCUGCACAGUCGGACGAGGAAGAGUUGGCUCGUGAAACUGACCAGCCUUCUUAAACAUCACACCUGCUGUGUGGUUUUCACAUUAUCUUUGUGCCAUAUUGGUGCGAAAUAACAUGUACAAAAAUCUAGCAAUUAAAUAUAGUGUAAUUCUA